UGAAACUUUGAGGCCCCAGUCGGCGGGGCGGGAGGCGCCUUUGCCCAGUCCGGCACAGAAGCGUCCCGGAGCCCCACUCGAGCCGCACGCCGAGCGCCAUGGCCUCCAGCCCCUGCCCGCCGUCGCCGCUGCUCGUGCGGGUGUCCCAGUCCGUGCCCCGGCUGCACAGGAAACUGGAAAGCUACUUCCAGAGCCGGCUCUCGGGCGGCGGGGAGUGCACGGUCCGGCCCGUCGGCCCGAGCGCCCCGGACACUUUCCGGGUGGAAUUCAGAGAAAGGGCAGCUAAGGAGGGAGUGUUGAGAAAAGGAGAUCACCACAUCUCGAUUGAUGAGAAACCUGUGCCCAUUUUUCUGGAUACCACUAAGAAGCCAAAAGAGAAAACAAAAUCUGGAAGUUCUUCAUUGACACAAGCUGAAGCACAAUCUGGGGAGAAACACCCAAAUAAAGGUCCUGUUCCUAAUAAUGUCAACUCCUAUGUCCAAAAGAUCUUUCUUACUGUGACAGCCGAUCUGAACUGUGACCUGUUCUCCAAAGAGCAGAGGGCACAUGUAACCACUCUCUGCCCCAGAGUCAAAAAGUUGGAGGGUGACAAUGGAAUUGAGAAGGUGUAUGGUGAUUUCAGAGAUAUUGAGAAAAUAUAUCACUUCUUAAGUGAGCAGCUCCUGGAGAAUGAGAGGAAUCAGGAAUCUUCCCCUUCUACCACGGAGAGGAAACCACUUGACCAGCAGGACUGUGACAGCUGCUUUUUUCCUUCUGAACCAAAACCCAGGUCAGAAGAAAAAGACAGCCAUUUUGAAAUUCCCUUGCAUUUCUUUGAAUACUUCAGAUAUACCUGUCCUGGUAAAAUAGACUCAAUAGAGAAAAGAUUUGGUGUAAACACUAAAAUUCAAACUAUCCCUCCCAAUACGGUCUAUUUAGACUUUACCUCCAGCCAUUCAGAGGACAUAGAAGCAGCUCGUGAGUCUUUUGUCUACGAAUUUCAGAAGACCACUGAAUCUCUGAAGCAAGAACGUGUCGUUUUAGAAGAUAGRAAGUUAGCAAAUAAAAUCAAACAGGAGUUGAGUUACAGGUUUCCCAAGCUCCUGAUAAAGGAGCAAGGAGGAGUGCUCACUCUCCUUGGGACCCAAGAUGACAUUUCAGCCUCCAGUCAAAAAAUUUCCGAAUUUCUUGUCUUGAAACCUGUGAAAAUAUUUGCUCCCAGUUGCAUGAAGAACACAAUUGAGAUUGACACUGCUCACUAUAAGCUUCUAGAAGCUCAGUUACUCCGAAAGAUAGUAGAGAUAGAGCAAAAGUACAAUAGUCAUAGUAAAGUUAGUGAGAAAGGUCAGAAAACCUGCAUUCAAUUUGAUCCAAAGGAUAAGGAGAUAGAUCUGUCUGUGCAUGCUUAUGCAAGUUUCAUCGAUGCCUUUCAACAUGCCACCUGUCAKCUGACAAAAGAAGUCCUUUUACUGAAAACUUUGGGCAAGGAGAAACAGCAGUUACAUGGGACUAAGUUUGCUGAUGACUUUAGAAAGAGGCAUCCAGAUAUACACUUUGUGCUGAGUCGAGAGUCAGUGACUUUGACUGGUUUGUCAAAUCACGUUGCAGAGGCAAAACAAUAUGUCUUAAAGAGUGGGGACCUGUCGCUGUCAGCUGGAGAGAAAUUGAACAAAGAUCAUGAAACACCCAUGGACAUUGAUAGUAAUAAUUCAAAAGCAGCAUCACCUCCAUUCAAGGACUCUGCAAGUUCUUUGGCCUCCGAAGCAGACAAGAAGGAAAAGGACAUCUGUGUCAUCUGCAUGGACACCAUGAGUGACAAACAAGUACUACCAAAGUGCAAACACGAAUUCUGCAGGUGUUGUAUAGAUAGAGCCAUUUCUUAUAGGCCUGUCUGCCCCGUGUGUCAGACUUCUUAUGGUGUCCAGAAAGGGAAUCAACCAGAAGGAACCAUGAAUCACAGAACUAUAAAAGAGUCACUUCCGGGUUAUCCAUCCUGUGGCACCAUUGUCAUUACAUAUAAUAUGUCAGGAGGCAUACAAACGAACAAGCAUCCAAACCCAGGAAAGCCUUAUUCUGGAAUACAGCGAACUGCAUACUUGCCUGAUAAUAAGGAAGGAAAGAAGGUUUUGGAACUACUUUCAAAAGCCUUUAAACAAAAGCUGAUUUUCACAGUGGGGCAAUCUCGAACAUCAGGAAUCUCAAAUGUCAUUACAUGGAAUGAUAUACAUCACAAAACAGCCUGGGCCGGAGGACCAGAAAAUUAUGGCUACCCUGAUCCUCACUACCUGGAACGUGUCAAGGAGGAACUGAAAGCUAAAGGAAUUGAGUAAGAAAACUGCUGGAAGAAUGUCUUAACCCAGGCUUUCAAAGGAUAUAUUUUAGAAGGCUACAUUAAUGCAAUCCUUCUGUAGAAACACCUUUUAAAAAUUUGCAUCUCAAGAAGUGGUUUGUAUAAGAGUAGAAACCUAGUCUAUCACUUUGGAGUGUAGCCUUUUUAUGGAAGGCAGAAGCCCCCAAGAGCUGCAUAAUUUUGCUGCAAAAGUAUGUCUCAUUCUUGUAUUAUGGUUGAGGGUGAAGGGUGGGUCUGAAAUAAUCUUCUCAUCCUUCCAUUGUACUAUAGCAACCGAUUGACCCUUUUCUUUCCUUUUUUAUGGAGUUGGGGGUAGAACCCAGGGCCACUGAGAUUCGCCCCCACUUCUUGGAUCCUCUUUCAUUCCCAUCUCUAAGGAAGUACUUUAAUUAUUUCUUUUCUUUCUCUUUAACCUCCACUGGUAAAGGUGAGAGCCUUCUGUAAAAAGAAGAGGAAAAACAAGGCUUUACUUUCGGAAAAUUAGAGAGCCACAUGCCCCCCGUCUUCCUUCCCCAUGGCAAGAAAAGUGACCAGGAGCAGAGAUGGGGCAACCUUUGGUAAUAAGUGAAAUAAGACUCGUAUUUCUUAAUGACAUAGAACAUAGAAUACAGUUGGUGCUUAAUACAUUUUUAUUUUCUGACUCAAGUUAGAGGAGGUCCACAAAGAGAUAUAUACUUUAAAAAUCUUUGACGGAAGCAGGAAGCCAUUUCUGGAGUCCUCACCACUCAUUUGGAAAACUGAGUUUCUUAACUCCACUAUUCUUGGUGGCUGAACUCCUAACCAAGCUCCUGACUUGACUCUUGCUCCUCUCUGAUCCUGGGAACCUGCCCCGUGGGUCGCAUUUGCCUUGCCGUAGAAUUGCUACAUGUUUUUGAACAGAUGCCCCCGCCACUGAAUAUGUUGUACUUUUGAAUUAUCCUGCUUCCAUUUUUAACAAAUAAGUAAACUUACUUUAGUUUCCAUUGUCUACCACUUACAGUAACUAUAGCUCCAAUGAAGUCAUUUGUUGUCUGUUCACUAAAUCUCACCAAUUCACGUUUUCACUCUUAAAAUCUUUCUAAUCCUC